AGCACUGGUUUGUGAACACUGAUCUGUCCCUGGUACUGUGCUUUUUAUUCUAAACUGCUGCAGCAGUUUUUUUAACUGCAGAUUUUGUAAGGAACUGGGACAGGUGAAAGACUUUGCAGGGAGGAGUUUAUAGUUUGCAAAGACAGACACAGCGAGGUCCCUGAUUUAGUGGGCCCUGAGCAAGUGCCCCUUUUGCCCUGGGCUGGGACGUUUAAACAGCUAUUUGGGACUGUGGGGUGCAUUAACAAAAUCAGGGCUGUCUUGCAAAAACCAGGAUUAUUGGACCUUAUGGUUUAUCAUCUGGCCAUUAGUAACAUUCACUUAAGAGCCAGGUGACUGUAUUAUGUUUAUACCUUUCAGGAAGAGAGUUUAUGGUGUAAAGCCAAUGGAUUUGACAACCUGGGCUAUUUUCCCCUUGCUUCUCGGAAGUAUUGGAGUGUACAGCCUAUAUAAGCUCUUACAGAGGCUGCGUAGUGGUGCCUACCUCCAAGAUGCUGUAGUGGUGAUCACAGGAGCCACGUCUGGCUUGGGCAGAGAAUGUGCAAAGGUCUUUUAUGCAGCUGGCACUCGCCUUGUUCUAUGUGGACGCAGUGAGGAGGGACUAAAGAAUCUAGUGCAGGAACUUAGCCAGAUGCGGAUAAAAUCGGCUCAGUUGCAUAAGCCACACAUGGUGAUAUUUGACCUAUCUGAUGUGGAGGCUGUAAACAGUGCAGCAAAUGAGAUCCUGCACCUUACAGGGAGGGUGGACAUUCUCAUUAACAAUGCUGGUAUAAGUUAUCGUGGCACAAUUCUUGACACAAAGGUCAGCGUGGAUAGAAUGGUGAUGGACACCAACUACUUUGGACCAGUUGCUUUAACGAAAGCUCUCAUUCCAUCAAUGAUCAAGAACAGACGUGGGCACAUUGUUGUGAUCAGCAGUGUUCAAGGCAAAAUAAGUAUCCCUUUCAGAUCAGCCUAUUCGGCAUCAAAACAUGCAACACAGGCCUUUUUCGACUGUCUAAGGGCAGAGAUGUCACCAUAUGAAAUUGAUGUCACAGUGGUAAACCCGGGGUAUAUAAAAACAAAUCUGUCAUUGAAUGCAGUCACCGGUGAUGGUUCCAAUUAUGGUGUUAUGGAUAACAACACAGCAGAAGGAAGAACACCAGAAGAGGUUGCACAGACUGUUCUGCGCGCUGUGGGCGAGAGAAGGAAGGAGCUAUUGGUGGCUGGCUUGGUGCCCACUCUGGCAGUAUAUUUAAGAACUCUUGCCCCAACAAUAUUCUUCUCUUUUAUGGCAGCGAGAGCUAAAAAAGAACGAAAGCUAAAGGAUUCAUAACACUUACAGCGAUAUUCUAAUCUUAAAACUAAAAUCAUUAAUUGUAUUCUCAGUGACAUGCUUAGUUUAAAAUAUGGUGUGAAAUUAAUAUUCUCUUUAUGUCAAGACAUCUACCAUAAACUAAUGUAGCAUUGCAGGUGCCAGCUUUAUGGUUUUGUCUUAGCUACGUUCAUUAUUACUGUAUCGCCCUCUCUUGUCAUUUAUGAAUAUUAAUAUAAAAAGUUAAUAAAUAUAUUUAUUAAUUAUAA